AUGUCGGCGCUGGGUGACGCCGAAUAUCUACAGCAAAUGUGGGUUCUUCCAUGCGUACGGGAGCUACUAGUUUUCGGCUCUGGUACGGCUGUAUACACGUAUGAGCUCGUCAUCACCAUCGACCAGCAAGUGCGCUUCUUCGUGCGCCGACGCUUCUCCGCCGCUGUCGUGCUGUACACAUCGAUGCAUGUCUCGGCGAUAAUAUUCCUGUUGUCCUGGCUCUUCGGCUGGGUGCUCCAGGACUGCCACAGCGUCUUCAUAGGCAAUUUGCUCAUGCUUAUAAUGGAUGCGGUGCUGCGCCUUGUCUUUGGAGUGGUUUCCGGUUUCCGUGUGUAUGCGAUCAAUGGGCGGAAGUUGCUGCUGCCGUUCGUCAUCGCCGUGCUCUACGUCCCAGAUAUUGUGGAAUGGACAGCAUCGCUACAGACCUACACCAAGGACCCGGUCAUAGGCUGUGUGAUCAGCUAUAACCUCUCGAAAGACGUGGAGGAUAAACUGACGGCGUUCACGCAGACCUGCAUCAUCGUGUCCGAGCUCUUGGUUGUGGUGGCUAUUUGGCGGGUAACGUAUGGCAUCAGGAAGGUGACCAUGAUGGCACAGUCACGGCUGACUGUCACCACGCUGUUGAUACGCGACGGUGAGGUUUUCUUUCAGGUUUCCUUGUUGGAUAUCAUCGUUGUCUAUCGUACCGUGAGACUCUCGUUCAAUCUGCAGAGGCGGACGGCUUACACUACUACUGCUCAGUUCUUCCCAUGGAUAGGCUCGAUCACGACGACCAUCACGACGAUCCUCAUCUCGCGCAUGUUCCUAAAUUUAUCAAGCGUAUACUAUCCGUCUACGGAGCUAAUGUCGGCGACUGCGACGCGUCAUCCCACGGAUACGAUGGACUUUGGGUCGAGCGAGAGGCCCACGGAUGCGUUCUCGACCGACGCGGAGAUUUUGUCCGACGUGGUACUCGAUGGUGGAAUAGGCACGGAUGGAUACGUCCUCGAGCUGCACGGGAUGACGAGCAGCGGGAAGAGUUACGGCCCGUCGGAGUCGAACGAGACGGGGCACAAUAGCAUCUUCAUGAGAGCGUCAUUUUAUGCGAUCCUCGUGUACAGCUUCAAAAGAAACACCGGACGCGGUCUUGUUUUCCGCUCUCCUUCCAUGCUAGCACGGAGAGUAAUUUCACUUCUAAUCUGUGCGCUCUGCGAUACUUUUGUUGGAAAACGUGAACAAAAACGAUGGCUCACCAUAUGUCUGUUUGGUGCUUGUACGAGAUGGUUCAAAUUGGUCGCAAAAUGGGUACGACGUUCACAUGGUUCCGUACGCUCUGGCUCUCUGAGCACUGUGUUCUGUCUUCUUGCACCUGCGUUCGGCGUGCACGUCUUCCCGGAAAUGUUUUCUGCAUCGUCACAUACUUCGGUACUCUACCCACUGGACCUGCCUCAAUAUGACCCAUCCGCCCACAGCCAUGCAGACCACUCCCUCCCAGACCCCCGGGUUCACGGCGUCCCGCACGGCAUGGUACACUCAUUUCGUGUAGACCCAGUGCUGACAAUUUCCGAUGGCUAUGCUCUGGACGUCGACGCGGAUAUGGACGCUGGGGACACACAGCCGAGUAACGAUGCGCAUAUAGGCACUUCCGCGGAUACUAAUCAACGGAAGGCUCCUGGGGCGAGCGUUAUCACACCUGUGCCAUACGGGGAGGGCAUGGUUGAGGUUGUAUGGAGCCUCAGAAGUGUCAACGAAGACGAGCCCGCCAAGGAUGAGGACGACCACGACGCUAUGGACAAGCAGCAGGAGCCCGACAUCGCACAGGACCCUGGAGGGACGCAAGUGGUAGAGCAAGCGUCUACAGCAACGACGAUCGUGGAGGAGGCAUCUCCAGUCUCUGCACCAGGAGAUGUGCCGGCGUCCACCUCUGAAGCCUCGAACACGAGCCUGCUACCACCUCGCAUGCGCGGCCGCGUUUCAGAGGCGCACACCGAGCGGCGCGAGAGCACACGGCUAAGGCAGAAGCGCGAAGCGCCUACUCCGCCCGCUCCCGUGCCUGGACGGGAGAAGCGCAAAGCCCCUUCGCGAGACCAGAACGCGGACCCCGCGCGGCGAGAUGGCGUGUGCGAAGAGGAGGGCGCAGAGGAGGGCGCGGAGAAGGACACGGAGAAGGAGAGGGAUAGGAAGCGUAUGCGGCGGGCGCCGCUGAGCUCCAGGAAGAACACGGGAGCGUCGGGGUCCACGGACGACGGUCUUGACGACACCCUUUCCCAAGAAAGCGACAUCGUACGCGGGGGUGAAAAUGCGCAGGAAAGUACGAAUGAUGCGCGAACGCACGCAUAUAUGCACCGUGUCCUCGAACCAACCCCGACGGCGCCGCGUCCGCAUUCUUUCGCGAUCCAUCCUGCUUAUCCUACUCGCGAGGCCGGCUCGAGCUCCCCAGCCCACGCAGGCGUGUCGUGGCAAGGUCGUAGGAUACCGAGGCUUCUACUGCGAACUCCCGACACGCUAAAUGCGGGUCUCGGCCAGCCAUCACUUGCGCCCGCUACUACCCAGCCAUACAUCCAUGGUCCGCAACGCUCCUUGAGUUUUCCUCGCCCUCAAUCAACGCCAAAUAUGCGCAUACACCAUCCUUCUUACGGCGCUCCUGCCAGCAGUGCGGGUGCGCACGGCACUCCCGAGGCGCAACUGCAGUCCGUUCAAGUUCCUGGGACACGCCUCUUCCGCCUCAACCCCGCCAUCGUGAGGUCUCCAUCGGGUUUUGGCUUCUCUAGGCCCCUGCCAGCGGAUGCGAUCACCCCCGUCCCGGCGCAGAUGCGGUGGGACGCGCAGGAGCCGGCCUCGAGCGAGGCGUGGCCGUCAUCGGGUCCUCCUGGUAUUGGUGUAACGCAGAGACGUUUCCCUACACCCUCCCCUGGGAUGAUCCAAGGCUCUGCUCCUGCGCAGAGCUUGGACCCUGUGUCGCCCUCCGAGCCUAUAUAUGCGCGACCGCAGACGCUCAUCUCGACACCGACACCUCGCUCCAUGCUCUCUUCAAGCGCGAAUAUCCCUACGUCUAGUGCUGGACAAAUGCCUGUGCCCAUCCCCGUCCAGACUCCCAUGCGUCCACGACUGCGAAUACAGACACCAGUGCAUGGGCCAGCCCAUACGUCGCCGCUGCCGCUGCAUCAUCCUCCUCAGCAAGGUGCUCAGGACCCACUACAAGAGACCCUACCAGCGCCGGUUCGCAGGAGCGUACCCACUCACACGCCCGCCCCUCACCCCCACGCCAUGCCACCGCCGAUGCAUGUGCAUACUCAGCCAGCAUGGUCUAUGCCGAUGCGCACUAGCUCAUUCGGUCAUCCGGCCGCGGUGCCUCAAUACGCUCGUCCCAUGCCAACGCCAACGCCGGCUCCCAGAACGGCGGGCAGCGACCCUGGGCAACCAACGGGACCUUGUUCUGUACCCCCGACGCCCAUGCCUGCUAUUAGGCCCUUACCUGCGCUAACACCAGAGGCGGGCCCUGUACCCCUGCCGUGCUACUGGCCCCCGCCGGGCUCUGUACCGUAUCCGUACUAUCCUGCACACCUGGCCCCGCCGCCGCCGCACUAUGCUGCGCAGCAGAUGGCUCCGCGUCCCGGGUCGGAGCCUGGAUGGGAGUCAACGUUUCGCGCGCUGAGGCAAUCUGGCGGGCGGCGCGCCCCACCGGUGAGGCGAAGAAGACAGGCCGUCGCAACGGUCAAUGCGGCAGUCGCGGAGCCAAGGUCUGAGGACGAGCGCGCGGGUGGCGAGAACGCCAGCCAGAGAGACGCUGAGGAGCGCGUGAACAGUGAUGCUGGGCGGCCGGGGUCUGCACCGUCCGAAGGUGCCUAUGGGAAUAACAUCUUUGUGGGUUCUGCGCAGAUUGAGGCGGCGUAUCAUUUCGACAGGCACCCAGAGUUCGGAUACAUGCCCGCGAUGGCAGGUUACUGGCCUGGACUGCCCAUCGGCGCGGAUCCGAAAGGUGUGCUUCACUGCCCGUUCUGUCCAAGGACGUUCCAGCUGCCAAACGGACUAGCGAUUCAUCUCAAAUGGCAUUGGGGCGAUACACGGUUGGAGUGGAGACGCGGUAUCAGUAAGACGGGAAAGACUAUUUCCCGCGCGCUGGAGGAUGCCGAGGCCCGGAAACGCGCGAGCGAAGCCAGAGAACAGGAAGAAGCACCAGAGCUUUGUGGCGCACAGCCGUCUGGUGCUGCCAUCGACAGCGCUGAUGAACAAGAUCUGGAUGUGGUGAUGCAGUGCCCCUCGUUGCCUGCCAACUAUCCAUCCGUGCCACUUUCUGCAAACACAUAUGCCACAUCGACUUCGUUUGUUAUGCCUGUCAUCGCGCUUGCAACGCCUCGAGCCGGAUUUGGUUUCCCGUUUGCUUCUCCCGUGCUGCGCGCAGGCGACGCGUUCACAGGGCCCUUCCUCCCUCCGAUUCAGCCUGUGGGCGACGCGUUCGAGUUCAAUUUUGGGGAGCCUGCCUAUGACACGCAUGAACGCGACUCGUCGGGGUCAUUGUUUGGGGGAGAGGACGACCUCGACUGGAGUCCCGCGGUGUCAAUCAGAGGAGACAGAGACAGGGAGCCUUCAUGGAGUGAGAGACUGUUUGGGCCCGCGGGCGGUGACUACAAUGAGAAUGAAGACGAGAGGAACAUCAACAUGACUCCAGCGGAUGAAGAUCGACAGCCCUCCCCAGUCGGCUCUGUCGCUACCGACAACGAUUCUGGACUGUCUCCACUUGCAGACUUUGCAUCGCUUCAACUGCUUCCUGAGCACUAG